CUUUGCACGGACCCGUCAGGCACGGAAACCACUCCUACAGCCAUCUGUAAGCAAUACGCUUGGGUUGAAGUCACGUCUUACAAAAAAGCGCAACAGCCGAGAUGAAGCCGCUUCUCUUCCUCCUCGGGCUGAUCGCCAGCUCCUGCCAGAUCGAGGACAACAAGAUCCCCAGUCUGUGCCCUGGGCAGCCCGGAAUCCCAGGGACCCCCGGUAUCCAUGGAAGCCAGGGUCUCCCUGGCAGAGACGGCCGGGACGGCCGGGACGGAGCCGCCGGGAUACCGGGGGAGAAGGGAGAGAUUGGACAGCCUGGACUCCCAGGUCCCCGCGGGGACAGCGGCAGCCCCGGCAUGCAUGGCCUGAGCGGGGAAAAGGGGGCGCAGGGGGAGUGCGCGGUGGCGCCCCGCUCGGCCUUCACCGCCAAACGGGCCGAGUCCCGCGCCCCGCCCCUGGCGGACCAGCCCAUCCGCUUUGACGUGGUGCUGAUCAACGAGCAAGGCCACUACGACGCCGACACGGGCAAGUUCACCUGCCAGAUCCCCGGCGUCUACUACUUCGCCGUCCACGCCACCGUGUACCGCACCAGCCUGCAGUUCGACAUCCUGAAGAACGGCCAGUCGGUGGCCUCCUUCUUCCAGUUCUACGGCAACUGGCCCAAGCCCACCUCGCUGUCGGGCGGCGCCCUGGUGCGUCUGGAGCCGGAGGACGAGGUGUGGGUGCAGGUCGGGGUGGGCGACUACUUCGGCUUCUACUCCAGCAUCAAGACGGACAGCACCUUCACCGGCUUCCUGGUGUACUCCUACUGGCAGAACUCGGCCGUCUUCGCCUGAGGCGCUGGCUGCCAGGGCGGGGGGCGGCCGAGAAGAGCUGCCCUCUCGGCGUGUGGCCCAUCCCCCUCACGCCCCCCGGGCAUCAGCGUCCAGCGGCCCAAGCACAGUCCUGCGAGCCAGGACGCCUGGGUACUUCGCCGUUGACGCUCCCCGCUUCCGCGGACAGCGGGGAUAAACGAGGCUUCCCUCCUCCGGGGGGACGCUGGAGGGUUCAUUAGUUAGUGCUGCAUAAGGGCCAAGUAUUCCUAUUAUCACUGGUGCAUGGAGUGGGGGAGGGCUCAGCCCAGCCUGGCUCCCCGAGGCGCAAUGGAGGCGCAAGGACCUGCUUCUUGUAUGCGCCUCGCCGUAGCCAUUUACAUGGCAGCGUUUUCCCAGAGCCGAGGGAGACCGGGCAGCGUCCAUGGCACAAAACCCACGUGUCUGUGGGGCUGGCGGACCCACUUGCCCCCUGUCUCAGCAGGGAAGCCAAGGGCUGUGUGGGGACUGAACUGCUGGCACGUGGCUGGGCCUGAAACCUGCCGCGGUGCAUUAACGGUCUCCCAAUGCAGGGCCCUCCGGUCCUGUAACUCCACAGGGGUGGAAGUCAAGCCAGGCGAGGGUUGCCAGAUACGCUCACAAAAAAUACCGAACAUGGCGGGGAAAAAAUUGGUUGAGCAAAAAAAAAAGGGGGGGGGGGCAAAGUUGUUGAGCAAAAAAAAAAAAUGCACCAAAGAGUCACUGUGCCUUUAAAUCCACCUGCUCCCCCCACCCCCACCAGAUGCAGCAGGGGAAGCGGCCUUCCCUUUCCAUGGCCGGUAUUUUCUGGGUUUUUUACCGGACAGAGGCCACAGAUACCAGGCUAUCCGGGCCAAUACCGGACACCUGGCAACCCUAAGCCGGGCAGAUCUCCGCCAGCUGAGGAUCUGGCCAGGUCUCCUCCCGCUUCCACCAUGAGGGGAGAAACCCCCAUUGAUGCCAGUGUGGGGGCUCUUGACGGACCCAGUUACAGCGGCCGGGGUCAUUUGUAUCCUCCUGAGAGCUGCCAUUUGACAAGCAGAACCUGCAUGCGGCCUGACUCCCCCAGCGCCAGCCGAACCAGCGCCCCAUACAGGACCGGGGAGUGGGACCCCAUGGCUGACAGGCAGUCGCUUAGCCAGAUGGGCUGAGCUGGCAGCUGCUGCACUGGGUCUGGGGCCCACCCUGCUCUCAUGCCAGCCAGACGCUGUUCUCACCGUGUAUAUGGCCUCCCUAUCCACCCGCAAUAAAUGGGCUCUAAAUU